GGCUGGAACGUGAGCGAUAGGGAGAACUAAGGUGGUGGAGGGAAAGAGAGCUGAGAUUCAUUCAGUCAGAAGAAAAAAAGAAUUAGGCAUCUUAGGGACACUCUGGUAAUGGCUUCCCAUUGGAAUGAGGCAGUUUUUGCUGCUCGGAGGAGGAAUGAUGAUGAUGACACAACAAGAAGUAGCGUUUUCACAUAUACAAACAGCAACAACACAAGAGGUCCAUUUGAAGGCCCAAAUUACCACAUUGCUCCACGAUGGGUCUAUAACAUCUCUUCACUGUGGAUGAUAUUUGUUGUUUUAGCUUCUGUGUUCACAAAUGGCUUGGUCUUGGUUGCCACCUUAAAAUUCAAGAAACUUCGCCACCCUUUGAAUUGGAUUCUUGUCAAUAUGGCUAUUGCGGAUCUUGGAGAGACAGUCAUUGCAAGUACUAUUAGUGUAUGCAACCAGAUUUUUGGUUACUUCGUGCUCGGGCAUCCGAUGUGUAUCUUAGAAGGCUACACUGUUUCAGUCUGUGGUAUUGCUGCUCUAUGGUCCUUGACUGUCAUUGCCUGGGAAAGAUGGUUUGUGGUCUGCAAACCUUUUGGAAACAUUAAAUUUGAUGGAAAACUGGCAGCUACUGGUAUAAUUUUCUCUUGGGUUUGGGCUGCAGGUUGGUGUGCACCCCCAAUAUUCGGAUGGAGCAGGUAUUGGCCUCAUGGCUUGAAGACAUCGUGUGGUCCAGAUGUAUUCAGUGGCAGCUCAGACCCUGGAGUCCAAUCAUACAUGCUUGUCCUUAUGAUUACAUGCUGUAUUAUACCAUUAGCUAUCAUUGUCUUGUGUUAUAUGCAUGUAUGGCUGACCAUUCGGCAGGUAGCACAGCAGCAGAAGGAAUCAGAAUCUACUCAGAAAGCUGAACGAGAAGUAUCCCGUAUGGUGGUAGUGAUGAUCAUCGCUUAUAUCUUCUGCUGGGGGCCCUACACUUUCUUUGCUUGUUUUGCUGCUUUCAACCCAGGUUACAACUUCCACCCACUUGCAGCUGCAAUGCCUGCCUACUUUGCCAAGAGUGCCACAAUUUACAAUCCAAUUAUCUAUGUGUUCAUGAACAGACAGUUCCGAAACUGUAUCUAUCAACUGUUUGGCAAAAAGGUCGACGAUGGAUCAGAAGUGUCCUCUACUUCCAGAACAGAGGUGUCUUCUGUCUCCAACUCUUCAGUGUCUCCUGCAUAAACUGAUAAUGUCUAUUAUGUUUUGUUCCUCUCUCUUUCUCCCACUUCCUUCUCUUUCCUAUGUUUCCUUUUCCUUCUCUGCACAUUCUCAUUAUAUUCAUAUGCAAGGGCAGGUAAAUGCCUAAACCUGGCACAUGUAACAAUGAGCCCGUGUUUGAAUGUCCACUAACCGGAGUUCAGAUUGAUAUUGUACUGAGACUGCACUUCCUGUGCAUAAUGAAGAAAUUAAGUCUGGCAUGUUUGCUAGUAUAGUACUGAAUUUAACAUAUUAAAAGUGCACAAUUUACAAAGUAUUGGGCAGCCGGGCUGUCCAAUUCUCAGUGUUGAUGUGUAAGACUUUUUAGUAGUAGAGUUUUUAGUUAGUAUGAUUUCAGAUAAGAUGAACUUUAAUACCAUGUAGGUCAUUUGUUUGCUACAGACAGUAGGUUGCAAUGAUACACAAAGAAGUUGGGUAGCCCUGGCCUAGUGAAGAGAUAUCAUGUUAGGAAGCUCAGCCUCCGGGCUACAUUAGAACAUUCAUUUUGGCAUGGGUUGAAUCUCUGGUAUCUGUGAAAACUUCCAUAGUCUUUAUAUUGACUUUUCAUCGACAAUACUCAGAGGGCAGCAGCCAUAGAACCUUGGUAGCCCUCCUGUUGCAGAACUUUCCUAACAGUGGAGAGUUGGGAGAACUGAAGGUUGCUGUUUAUAUAGUUUAUAUUGAGACAAUAUGUUAACAUCACUGUAUAAGUACAGUUUUCAUGUUUACUGUAUAUCAAUUCUAUUUAAGGCAUUGUAUAUUUACCUUGAAAGUCUCUGUUUUAAUAAAUAUUACACCUUGCUA